AUGGAAAGCCAGGAAAAAUUCCGAAGCUAUGCAGAUGUAAAUAGGGAAAUACAAGCCCUCAUUGCAUCUAAAGAAAACACACCACAGAGAGAACCAAUCAGCAAACAUACCGAUGACGAGAACAUUCUUACACUCUUGGAAUCUCUCAAUAAAACAUACAGUGAGAUAAAUGCAGCACUCCAAACAGAAAAUUCUCAGGCGCUAAAAGAUGUCAUAUUAAAGAGUGAUAUAAAAAUGAGCAUGGUGUGUGAGACUUUGCUUGAAACAUUAAAGAAGACCACAGAAGAAAAGAAUAGUCUGAUCAAGGAAAACCAGGGUUUAGAAAGAAAUAAGAGAGAGCUUGAGUCUACUAACACAAGCAACAAGAUUUACAUUGAUAAGUUGAAGAGUGAGCUCGAUUUUAAGAGAGUAAAUGUUGAGGAACUAAACAGAAUCAUUAUGGAUCAGAAAAACAGAAUGACAGAGUUCAAGGAAGAAAGCAUCAAGGCUAGGAAUGAGGUACAGUUUUUUAAGGCCAAGAUAGAUGAAAUUGAAAAUCUAAGGGCAAGGGCAAAUGAACGAAUGGGCAUUUAUGAAAAGGAGCUUGAGGCCUUAAAUACAGUGAUCAAGGACAAGGAUGAUAGGAUACAAACACUGACAUUAGAAAAAAAGAAUGAAGAGGAAAAGAAUUCAAGUGUGAAAACAAGGAUGGCUGAACUUGAGUCAUUUGUAGAUGCCCUGAAUAAAAAGCUUGAAAUUAAAGACAGAAAUAUGGCACUAUGUAAUAGUGAGUUAAGUAAAGUCUUAUGCGAAAAUAAGAAAUUGAAGGUUGAGCAUGAAAAAUACAAGGAGAGCAGUGUAUAUUAUGAAGGAUUAUACAAUAGUUUGAAUUUACAGAAUGCAUAUUUGAAUUCACAGUUGAAUAAAAUGCUGAAAAUGGGAGAAUAUAGCAAAGACAUUGAAGGUUAUAUUAUGAAAUUUAAGAAAAAUUAA